GUGCCAGCUGCCCUCAUGCAUACACUAUAUAUACACAGCCCAACUCCUAUGGAACUGUAAGUUUGACACUCACAUUUCUACGCUGCAUAAAUUUAGUAUUCUCUUCCUGAUUCUUCAAAGUUCAAAGCAUUCGCGAUGACUACUUCGGCUGUAAUGCAAUCCACCUUGGCCAGCCCUCUGACCCGUGUGGCCAAUGGGUCUACUAGGGUAAAAAACCAGUUUCUUCCCGGUUCUUAUGUGCCACGCUUGCCAAGGAAUUCUAGCGUGCUAGUGCUGUCCAUGGCAAAGGAAGACCAGAAAGAGCAGCCAGCACCUGUUAUUAAACAACAGCCAUUUAAGGCAAGUUCAAAUCAAGAUGCUUCGCCGGCCAAAUUGGCCAAUGAUGCAAUAAAACAAGGGGCAAAUGAAGCGAAGAAGAGCUACGAGUCAGUCAGCGACAAGGUUUUGUCUACUGCAGAAGAUGUAACGCAGAAAACAAAAGAUUUGGCUGACACGGUGUCAGGAACGGCCCAAGAUGUGACCGAGAAGGCUAAGCAGACAGCACAAGAUGCAUGGGGCUCGGCCGGAGACAAUACCCAAAAGGCCAAAGACAGUGGGCUGGAAAAGGCUGAACAGUCGAAGGAAAGCAUCAAUGAAAAUGCUGACGCGGUUAAGCAAAGCAUCAAGGAAAAUGCUGACGCGGUUAAGAAAAGCACGAACACCAAGAACUGAUCAUUCGUUCUUAGUUUCUUGCUUUUUUCUUUUCAGUUGAUAUCUUGCACCAGAAAUAAUACUUUUUGAUUCCAACUUUCAUCUUUCAAUCUAGGCAUUCGUUUUUCAUUUGUUAUUGACUGUUAACAUUACAUCUGUUUGACCACUUAAUCUCCUAUGAUUAAGAGAUUAAAAUCUUA